AUGGUUUGGCAAUUGUGUGGCAGUGUGACUCGUGUCGGCAUCGCAAGGUCAGGUAUGCUGCAAGGCCUCGACUGUGCUUCGACGGUAACAUUCUACAGAUGCGAUGGCCGCCAGCCAUGUGCUACGUGCUUGUCUACGGGCGAAGACUGCCUCUACGGGGCCGAGGCCAUACCCAAGAGCAAAUCGGAUCUGAUCCUAGACGUGGUCCUGCGCUCAGAGAAUAUGCUGCGUGCAAUGUCUGGGCACCUGGUGAGGGCUCCCACCCACUCUUUGCUGGGCCCAACGAGCCCAGUCGACCCCAGGAUUGCAUCCUCUCCGCUGGCCUUUUUCUCGCCUUUAACGAUCGACACGGCGCAUCACCCGCCUAGUUCGCCCGACCAGAUCUCGAACGCCGUCCUUCCUCAAUUCCAUUCGUCCACGACCGAGUCAAUCCUGGCAUGGCCGCAUUUCAAGGACCUCCAGACCCUGCGGCGCAACUACCGCGGGUCUGUUUUCCAACUGGAGAGCCAGCGGGCGCCGCUCAGGAACCGGUCGUCCGUCGUGCUGCCGUACAUGGGCCAGGGGGAACUCGACUGUCUCCUCAACUCGUUUGAACGGAACGUCAACUUUUGGUACCCGACCCUCUCCCGGACCACCAGGACGGAGGUGGAGGUGCGGGUCCUGUCGAAUAGCCUCGAGGAGGACGUCGACUCGUGCCUGGCCCUGCUGGUAAUGGCCCUGGGAUGCGCCAGCGAGCUCGUCCGCUGCGCCACGACGGACCGUCCAGACACCCCUGAUGCUGAGAAGCUUCGUCGAUGGCAGCUGCUGAGUGGGCUCUAUUUCGAUAUCGCCUUCAAGAAGAUCUAUCUCGCCCAGGCCGAGUCCUGCACGGAGGCGGUGCAGUGUCUCUUCUACACAGCGCUCUUCUUCGCCUUUUUGCAACGGCCAAUCCAGGCCUGGUCGUUCAUCAGCGCGGCCGCAACCAAGUGCCGCUUGCUGCUCUCGUAUUCCACAUCCGACACCCCUAGCGAGAAACUCGAAUGCCUUCGCCGCAUCUUCUGGUCUUGCUAUAUCCUGGAAAGCGACUACCUCGCCGAGCUCGCCGCGCUUCCGCAUACUGGGAUCGCAGAAAUCGAAUCCUCUAUCCCCCUACCGGGACAAUACCACACACACGCUUCCUCCAGCACAGAAGAGGAAUCCUCGCUCUACUUCCUCGCCUGCAUCUCGAUGCGCCGUCUGCUCAACCGCGUGCAUGAUCUCCUGUACGCACGCAACAACGGCGUCGCCUCCGAUAUCAACCAGUUCCCGCCGGUCGUCGCCGAACUGGACCACCAGCUCAAUAAAUGGAGGGACUUGCUGCCGUCUGCAUUCCACUUCGAUCUUAGCCGCGCUCCCGCCGGAUCCAUGGAGGCGGGUUUCCUCCGCCAACGCUAUCUGACCUGUAAAAGCGUGAUCUACCGGCCGUACCUCACUCUGGCGCUCUCACUCACCACGCGAGCGGACCCCAUCUCGCCGAUGGUCUAUGAAGGAUGUAAGACCUGCCUGGAGGCCUGUUGUCUCCACGCGCAGAACCUGAAUGCGUUUCCGCAGACGGUUAUGAUCGACACGUGGAUUUGCUCGCUCUCUAUGGCGUCCGUGAUGCUGAUUGCGCUUGCGACUGCAGCAGAUAGCUCUCUACGCGUAUGUCUCCCAGAGGAUGUGACCGAGAUCGGGCCCAAUCUGACCAAGCACCUGCUGCGGUGGAUGCAAGUGCCGGGCCAGGGGGUCUCGCCGAGCGUGCUGCAAAGUGUCAGACUCAUUGAGGACGCAAGCGCGUCUCUUGACGAGAUUCUGUGUGGAUAA